AUGGCUGAUGCAAUACUCAUUGAACUCUUCAAGGAGGUGGGUUCAUUCGUUUUUCAGGUUGCUAAGCAAGAGAUCGAGUCGCUAGUUGGCUUUGAUGAAGAAGUCCAAAAGCUUCAAGGCAAUCUCAGAAUGAUCAAGGCAAAGCUGGACGAUGCUGAGGAAAGACAUGCUGUGAAGCAGCGUACUGAGAAGCUUUGGUUAGAGCAGCUCCAAAAUCAGUACUAUGAGAUGGAUGACAUCUUGGACACCUGGAACACUGCAAGGAUCAGAGCAGAGAUUGAGAAAGAAGAAGGAAAACCAGCUGAUACUAACGCUUCUGCUGUUGUCAAGAAGAAGGUAUGCUCCUUCAUCCCAUCUCCAUCAUGUUGUUUUAACCUUCCUCUGCGUCAUGAUGUUGGUCACAAGAUAAGAAAACUGAAUGAAAAGUUAGAUAUGGUUUUCAAAGACAAAGCAACCUAUGGGAUUGACUUUAAUAGGCAACCUGAUGUAGUUGAGAGACCAACAACUACGUCCUUUGUGGAUGUGUCCCAAAUAAUUGGCCGUGAUAUUUAUAGGGAUUAUCUACUAAAAAACCUGUUAGGUGAGGGUAGUCAAGAAGAAACAAAUUCUUAUUGUGUCAUUUCCUUAGUGGGUUUGGGCGGUAUUGGAAAAACAGCUCUUGCCCAAUUAGCCUACAAUCAUCCUGAUGUGCAAGCCCAUUUUCAAAAAAGAAUGUGGAUUUGUGUUUCUGAUCCAUUCGAUCAGUGCAAUGUUGCCAAAGCAAUCAUUAAGGAGGUUGACCCUAGACAUGAACCCCUCAAUGAUACUAAAUUGCAAACUCUCUUGUGUAAAAUUCAAGAUUUGAUUAAGGACAAGAAGUAUUUUCUUGUCUUAGAUGAUGUGUGGACUGAAGACUUCCAAAAAUGGGAGCCUUUCAAAAUUGCUCUAAAAAGUGAUGUUCAUGGUAGUAGAAUUCUAGUAACCACACGUAAACAAAGAGCUGCAGAGGUGAUGGGGAGUGUCCUCACAAUAAAUUUGAAGGUAUUGUCUGAUGAAGAUUGCUGGUCGAUUUUUAGUAAAAUAGCAUUUUCUAAUGAGGAGCAACUAAAGUAUCUAGAAGAUCUUGGUAGAAAACUAGCAAUUAAGUGUAAAGGUUUACCAUUGGCUGCAAAGACUCUAGGUAGCCUAAUGCAAAACAAGAGAAGUAGAGAACAAUGGAAUAAGAUUUUGGAUAGUCAUAUGUGGGAAUUAGAAGAUAUUGAAAAAGGCCUUUUGGCACCAUUGUUAUUGAGUUAUUAUGAACUACCCUCAACAAUGAGACGUUGUUUCUCAUAUUGUGCUGUCUUUGCAAAAGAUUAUCGCUUUUCUAGAGAUCAAUUGGUCCUCCAGUGGAUAGCUCAAGGAUAUAUCGAGUCAAAGGCAAAUAUGGAGUUGGAAGACAUAGCGGAAGAAUAUUUUGAAAAGUUAGCCAUGCACUCUUUCUUCCAAGAUUUUUGGCCUGAUGAAGUUAAUGAUGACAAGAUAAAAAGUUGCAAAAUGCAUGAUAUAGUGCAUGACUUUGCCCAAUUUAUGUCCAAAAAUGAAUCCUUCGUAAUUGACAGUGAUAAGAAGCUGGAGACAGAUUGUCAAAUUGCUCGUCAUUUACACUUAGAAAUUUCUAAAGAAAUGCAACACCUUGAAUCCAUCUAUCAUGCAAAAUGUCUACGCACUCUCUUUCUUCUUUCGCAUGACAUGGAUUAUGAGUUUGAGAUGCUCCUAUCAAACUCAUUCCAUCAUUUUAAAUGUUUACGAACAUUAAUUUUGGAUUGUCCAAUUAAGAAACUUCCAGAUGCCGUGGAAAAUUUGAUACAUUUAAGGUGUCUCUUUAUAUCUGAGAAUGUUAAAAUAGUAAAAUUGCCUGAAACCUUUUGCAAUCUAUGUAAUUUACAGACUUUGAAAAUUGAGAAUCACGGUUGUUUCAAGAAAUUACCACAAGGGAUGAGUAAGCAAAUUAAUUUAAGACAUCUUAUAUUUAAUGAUGAUAUUUAUUCGAACCUUGUGGUAUUUCCAAAAGGGAUUGGGAAAUUAAUUGGUCUUAGAACAUUAAGUGAAUUCAACAUAGGUGAUAAGAAUGAUAGAGAAGGAUGUAAACUUGGAGAGUUAAAAAAUUUGAAUCAACUUCGAGGGACUCUUAAAAUAUAUGGGAUGGGAAAUGUGGUAAAUGUGGAUGAGGCUCAUAAUGCACAAUUGAAAGAUAAAAUACAUCUCCGUGGAUUGGUGCUAAUGUUUGAAGGACUAGGUUUCGACGAAGGUGAAGAAAGAAUGGAGAAUGACGUAAGAGUAUUGACUGCCUUAGGGCUACCACCAAACUUGCAAUGUUUAACAAUUUGGCACUACCAGGGCAACACAAUUUAUCCUACUUUGCCUUCUUUGGGGCAGUUGCCAUUCCUUGAAGUAUUAGAUAUACAAGGGCUUGAUAAUGUGAAGAAGGUGGGAGAUGAAUUUCUGGGAAUAGAAGAUUCCAAAAACAAGAAAGACUACGGCAUCAUAUUCCCAAACCUGAAAUCUCUCGAAUUUGGGGAGAUGAACAACUGGGAAGAAUGGAUUGGAAUGGAAGUAACGGGAGAAGAAGAAGAAGAAAAUGAUAAUGGUAUUGUUACAAAUCCGAUUAUAAUAAAAAUAAUGCCACGUCUUCAGACCUUGACAAUUUAUUUCUGCAACAAGCUAAAGUCUCUGCCGAACUACUUGCUUACUGCUCCAUUAUUGAAGGAAUUGAGGAUUUCUGGUUCACGGCUUCUUCAAGAACGUUACCAAAGAGGGACCAGAGAGAACUGGCACAAGAUUUCUCAUAUCUCUAACAUCAUGUUUGAUUGGAAGUCGGUGCAAAGAAACGGUGAAGCCCAGUUUGAUUCAGAGAGCACAAAUCAACAAAAUGAAUUUGGAUCAGAAAUCAGUGACAAAGAUGAUGUUGGGGCUGCCUCGGCUGAGUGUGUGGUGGAUGAACUAGUGGAAGUAGACAAUGAUCAGGGUCUGGAGAUCUGUGAUGCAGACAGAUAA